CGAUAUUUGACCUUCCCCUCAGGCCCGGAUCACGUUUGACAUGUAGCUAGUCGGGCUUAUUCCUCCUAGCAGAAGUAGAAGAUGCAAAUACUUCUGUCUUGAAUGGUGUCGCCUUACAGAGUCUUGCCAAAGUGAAAGGAGGGAACAAUGGUGAAAUAUUUCUGCUGUGCAGGUUUACUAAAAAGUUCAUGGGACCAAGUUUGUGUUGCAUUCUGGCAACGAUAUCCGAACCCUUACAGUAACCAUGUUUUGACUGAGGACAUUCUAUUUCGGGAGGUGACUCCAUCCAACUGCCUCAUUUCCAGACGUCUGUUGACCAAAACUAGCCGGGCACCUCGUUGGAUGGAGCGAUACCUCCCGAAGCACAUGGCCAGCUCAGCGUACAUCAUUGAGGACUCCAUUGUGGACCCUCAGACCAGGACCAUGACCACACUAACGUGGAACAUCAGCCACGCUCGCCUCAUGUCUGUAGAGGAGCGCUGUGAGUACUGCAUUAACCCUGAGAAUGGCAGCUGGACUGAGAUAAAAAGAGAGGCUUGGAUCUCCUCCAAUGUCUACGGGCUCUCCAGGGCUAUCCAGGAAUUCGGGCUUGCAAGGUUCAAGACCAGUGUUACAAAGACAAUGAAAGGCUUUGAAUAUGUCCUGGCCAAAAUGCAAGGUGAAACUCCAUCCAGAACUUUAGCUGAAACGGCCACAGAGCGGGCAAGAGAGACGGCGCUGGCAGCUAAGGAGAAAGCCAAAGGCCUUGCCUCACAUGCCCAAAAGAAACAGUAUGUUUGACGUUCUGCAAAAAUCAACAGUUUUUUUUGCCACUGACACUGGGACAGAUUUAUCUUGACCUCUCUCACGGUCCAGUUGAGUAUGGGGGGGUAAGACAAACUGCUCCUGGUGAUGGGCAGACAUCACUGUGAGGAAGCCUGUGAGACAGGUGGUGGACAGUUAAAGGCCCGAGGUGGGUUCAAGAGCCAGUUCAGCCUCUGAUUCCUGUAGUACACUGGUUAUGCCUUUGAUACCAGAAGACUUCAUUGUGGUCAAAUAUCUAUCCUAGAAACAUUCACUACCUGCCUGUAUUGACACUCAAGUAGUUCUUGAGUAGGAAAAAAAGGAAAGGAAGCCUUCAAAGGACAGGUGAACACAGCUCUAUAGUGCCAUAAAAACGAAAGCACUUCGCCAACCUUGAUACAUGCUUCCUCGACCUUUGCUCAGCCUCCGUGCCCAUCUACCAUGUGAGCUAUUUACUCUGUUCCAUUUACAGCGCUUCCAAGUAUUUCAUGUUAUUUUGUCAUGCCUCUAUACUUGACCUAUUCUUGAGAGCUUCUUGGCCUGAAGCUCAGACUACAGAAUAGCUGAUUAAUCCAGAUUCAUGUUGGAAUUUUUGUUGAAUUGUAAAUAUUGUUUGAAUCUUGUACACAAUCAUGUUCUGUUCCAUCAGUUCAGUUCACUCAAUCUUAACCUUAAUCUUCACACUUGGAUUCAUGUUUUCUUUUUUCCCCAAAUCCCAUUGCUUCAAAUUGAAGUUCUUUGUGUGACAAUGGGUCCACAUUACUGACAGUGAUGGCUUGGAAGAGAAUGUGCCGAACUUCAGUGCUUUGGAUUGUUAUUUUGCAUUCUUGAUAUCAUAAGACCUGAUUGCAGUGGAUAUCAGUCUGUACUUAAAUUUGAAAUGUGCUUCAAAGUGUGUUAUAGGCAAAACUGAUACCUUUUGCACUUCCAUUUUGAGUUCAUGUCAAAUACAAUGACAACCCAUGCAAAUUUAUGCUCUUAUUUUGAAAUUCCUGCAAAGAUAUGCUCUUGUUUUGCAAUGGUAUCAACUUGUGAAUAAAGAGAAAUUAUCUUUGUAACCAUGA